GACAGAGUCAAAGCGUUUCAUUGGUUUGGACUACAAAGUCCAGAGUUCAUAGCGCCUCAGAACGCGGAAGUGCUGUCGAUCCGUCCAUAGUGGAAGUGCGGCUGUUGAAAAUGCGGUGUCGGCGUGUGUGAGCGAGACAUGGUGCCGGAACAUGGGAAGCAGCAGAAACGUUCGUCGCAACCGUCUAAUAGCGAGGGCGACGCGGACGGAUCGUUCGUGUUUGAGGCCAAAGAGGCCUGGAAGGAUUUCCACAACUCCCUCAGGCAGUUUUACGAGAACGGAGAGCUGUGUGACGUCACUCUGAAGGUUGGGAACAGACUGAUACCAUGUCACAAACUGGUUCUGGCCUGCGUGGUGCCGUACUUUCGCGCCAUGUUCCUCUCCGAUAUGGCCGAGGCAAAGCAGGACUUGAUUGAAAUACGAGAUUUCGAUGCUGAUGCCAUCCAGGACCUGGUGCGCUUCGCGUACUCCUCGCGGCUGACGCUGACGGUGGAUAACGUCCAGCCGCUGCUGUACGCGGCGUGUAUCCUGCAGGUGGAGCUGAUCGCCCGGGCCUGCUGUGAAUACAUGAAAGCACACUUCCACCCCUCCAACUGUCUGGCCGUCCGCACCUUCGCAGAGAGUCACAACAGGGUGGACCUGAUGGACAUGGCCGACCGCUACGCCUGUGAGCAUUUCAGCGAGGUGGUGGAGUGUGAGGAUUUCAUCUGCGUCUCGCCGCAGCACCUCAAGACGCUGCUGGCCUCCAGUGACCUGAACAUUCAGUCUGAGACGCAGGUGUACCACGCCGCCGUCAAAUGGCUCAAAGCCAAUCUGAAACACCACGACGUCUGGCUGGAUCAGAUCAUGUCUCAGGUGCGUCUUCCUCUGCUGCCGGUGGAUUUCCUCACAGCCACUGUUGCCAAAGAGGAGAUGAUCAAGACCAAUUUGAACUGCAGAGACCUUUUGGACGAAGCUCGUAAUUAUCAUUUGCACCUUAGUAACAAGAGCGUUCCUGACUUUGAGUAUUCGAUCCGUACGACUCCCCGCAAGCACACCGCAGGGGUGUUGUUCUGCGUCGGGGGACGGGGCGGCUCCGGUGACCCCUUCCGCAGUAUCGAGUGUUACUCCAUCAGUAAAAACAGCUGGUUCUUCGGGCCUGAAAUGAACAGCAGACGCAGACACGUGGGAGUGAUUUCAGUAGCAGGGAAAGUUUAUGCCGUCGGAGGCCAUGAUGGCAACGAGCACCUCGGGAACAUGGAGAUGUUUGAUCCACAUACCAACAAAUGGAUGAUGAAAGCAUCCAUGAACACAAAACGGAGGGGGAUUGCGCUGGCUGCUCUCGGCGGACCCAUCUACGCUAUCGGGGGUCUGGAUGAUAACUCCUGCUUCAGUGACGUGGAGCGCUACGACAUCGAGUCGGACCGCUGGAGCGCCGUGGCUCCUAUGAACACACCCAGAGGAGGCGUGGGAUCUGUGGCGCUCGGGGGCUAUGUGUACGCGGUCGGGGGAAAUGACGGCGUCGCGUCUCUGUCCAGCGUGGAGCGCUUCGACCCUCAUCUGAACAAAUGGACCGACGUGCGAGAGAUGGGCCAGCGGCGCGCUGGAAACGGUGUCAGCGAACUCAACGGAUGCCUCUACGUUGUUGGCGGGUUUGACGAUAAUUCUCCGCUGAGCUCAGUGGAGCGCUUCGACCCCAGGACCAAUCACUGGGAGUAUGUGGCGGAGUUGACCACGCCCAGGGGCGGAGUCGGCGUUGCCACGGUGAUGGGGCGUGUCUUUGCAGUGGGGGGGCACAAUGGAAACAUCUACCUGAAUACGGUGGAGGCCUUCGAGCCCCGGAUGAACAGAUGGGAGCUGGUGGGCUCUGUGUCUCACUGUCGGGCCGGGGCCGGAGUCGCCGUCUGUUCCACUCACAUCAGUCAGAUUCGAGACGUCGGCCAGGGCUCCAGUAACGUCGCUGACUGCAUGUAGCCACAUCGUCAUUGUUUGACACACCACAACGCUAACACUUCUGCCUAAACACACACCGAACACCUGCAUUCAGCCGUGAUCAGGAGUCUGCUGUUGUAUUUAUUGAAUCAACUCUUUUGUGUACUACAUGGCAAGAGAAGUUUGUGUUUUUGCUUUGAUUGUCUAGCUCAUAUGGUCACUGUGUGUGAUGUUUGUGCUGAUUACUGCUGAAAGUACACCAGACUACAGCGUUCAGAAUCAGAGUUGAAGUUCAUUCCUCUGAAUAUCCAUGACAUGAGUUCAGUGAAGCGUUUCUGUGUUUGAAAGGCAGAUUGACAUCAGAUGCUUAUAAAGGCACACGGUUAAAAAUCACAAUUUUGUGACUUCAGGACACAAAGAACAAUCAAAAGAGAUUGUUCUGUCGCCGGGUGUUUGUUUGCGUGCGUACAAUCACAGACUGAGAGAUUCAAGAGAGACUCAUUUCUAACGUGACGAAGUGAUGAUAACAGUUCUGUUGUGAGCCACGUCUCAUGAAGGACUUCAGUAAGACUGUCUUAUAAGAUCUGGUUCUAGGUUUAGAUUUGUGCAGACCAGUCUAGAGCGAUGAUGUGUGAUCAAGGAUUGUGCUUUUCACUGCCAAACAAGAACGGCAAGCCGAGAGAAGCUUUUAUAUGUUGCUUUUGUCUAUUACAAAUGUAAAGCUUUUCUGGCUUGAUUGUAUUGUGUUCGCUGGUUUACAUGAUUUAGAUAAAAAAUGAAAAAAAAAUAUGUGAUUGCAUUUUGAAAGGGAUCAGUUAUACCACGAGGGAAUACAUUGAGAUUUUUUUAAUAGAAAGUCUUUUGUGUAUUUUCUUUUUCCAAUGUGACUUGAGUCUUAUUUGAAAAUGGCUUUGAAUUCUGAAUAUGAAAUAUUUAUUUUAUGUAAUGCAUCUCUUUUCUUAGAUUUGGAAAACAGUCCAUAUUUUUGCUUUUAUUCAGCAAUUAUUGUUUGGAUUCCAGUGACAAGAUUACAUUUGAGAACUGCUGUUGAAAUGUGUUUUACAGUAUUCUGGUGUCAAAAGUUGUUAACAUGUUGCACUCAGUGAUGUGAAACAACAAUAAAUAUAUUCAUAGAGUGAUUUAUUUAAUAUUUGUGCAACUUUAUUCUGUCCACAGAUAGUUAGGUAUCAAUUGUAGCUGCAAUACCUGCUGAUUUAAAUGCAGUAAAUUUGAUAGAUAUUUAUCUCAAACAAAAGUGACCUGUCUGAAGAGUGACACUUCUUGGCAUAUUUACCAAUGUGUACAUUUUUAAUGUUUGGCUCAAUAUCUGGGUAUUUAUUUCCUUGUUUUUUCUUUUGUGACACUUUUUUUUUUUUUUUUUUUUAACCUUUGUAACAAUUAAAUAAAACAACAAAGCAAAGUUUCCUUUUCACUUUUCUCUGUUUUUAAAACCCUGGUUUGGAAGAAGUGGGUUAGUAAUAUAUUUCAUGCCAUUUAUUUGAAUGUGAAUGGAGUAAUCUGACGUGUACAUUACAACAAUCUGUCCUCCGCAGUAAACAGAUUAUCUAACAUCAACCCACGUGUGAAGUUUAAUGGACAGCGUUGAGUUAACUAAUUUGUAUUUUAGUUUUGUAUUUGCUGCAUUUUUACUGUUUAUUGUCAAUUUGGUAGCUAUAAAAAGGUUAAAAAGUAACACAAAGGUAAAAGAUUUUACACAAAAUAUAUUGUCCUAAAAUAUGUGCUGUCAUAAGGGUUUUGAAACGAGCUCUUUGGACUUUGAAAUUUGAAUUUUAUUAGAAUCACAAAAGAAACAGAAUUAACAAAUGUGUACAGAGAGACUUUUGUUGUUGCGGUUAUUUCACACCUGGAUCCAGUUCUGUCGUCAGCAUGAACACUUAAUGCUCGGGUUAAAUUAAAUCUGCCUACAUCAGUUAAAACAACAAACUGGAACUGGAUAUGCUCAAACGGUUAGAUCUGUUGACGGAUGUUUCUGAGGACGAUGGGCCUGUCCUGUAGGCUUUACUGUUAGAUUCACACACGCUAGAUUUCUUCACUUUUCCAUUUCUGUGACCGAUGAGUUUCGGUUCCUUGCCGCUGUCGCCGCUGGCUUGCUCGGUUGGAGACAAUUUUUGGCAACAUUGUCAACUUGAUCGCACAGAAACUAUUUGAACUGAACUGAGCUGGACGAUGAGAUCACUGAAUCCAUAAUAAAUUGUCCUCUUGCAUUAUUGACACUUUUU